UUAAAAUAAUUGUAUCCAGCCUACAGCCGUAAUAGAUUAUAGGUUUCACUCCUAAAAAAUUAUUCCAUUGUAGACUCGUUCAGUUAACACUUGUGUAUUGACAUAACUGGUAGAAGAUGUUUGAACUCCAGUUUCAUGUGGAUUGCGAAGAGAUUUAUGCUACGUCAAGUAUUUAAAAGGCUUAAGAAAUUGUAAUUCAUUUAAUACGAUGGAAUGCAUAACGUUGGAGCUGAGACCUAGGCUUCAGAUAUGCAAUGGUUUCAUUCAUCUGACUAGACGAGUAAACGCAGCAAAGAUUAAAAUAAAACUCUUGGAGGAGAGUAUAGAAGCGACUGUCGAGGACGAUAAAUACAUAUUUUUAACAGAGUUUGUAAAACUGAUACCAAAUUCACUGUCAGCACUGACUAUUACAAACAACUGGAUUUGCUUUCGCGCGCAAACAAAGCCUGAGUCUGUUUUUGGAUCUAUUAAUACUCAAGUAAUAACCAACUUGACGUUUAAUACCGACAGUUUAAAGAACUCGAUAAAGAAUAUUGACUUACUCAAUGUAGACAAAUGUAACGUAAUGUGUUCUUGCUGCAAAUGCAUCCUCACCAAGGACAUGCACGUUAAAAGAACAUUGCCUAUACCAGACAAUAAUUACGAUCCAAACGAAUGGUUCUGCUGUAAACACAAUCACAAUAACUUUGCUCACAAUUUGACUCCAUCGGAAUCUGAUAUUUUCUAUGGAUCGUUCUUCUUCAUUGUUCAUAGAAAUUCGUUUAACGAGAAUAUAAAGAUAGAUAAGGAUACUGUGAUUUGCAAAAGAUGCUUGCAAUACUUAGGCAAAGUUCACGUGGACAGUUCACUUCAAUUAUGGAGCUGUACCCUCGAUUUCAAUUUAUUAAAUAGCUCCGAAACGAAAAAUGCGACUGAUCCAUUUAACGAUUUCUUAAUGGCCAUCUCGACUUCGAUGACUGGUCUGUUCGGUGAAGAGAUCGUUCUUCAAUGUUUCAUGGGUAAAGAAACUCACUCUCUCGUUUUAAAACCGAUGGACUGGUACUUGAAUUUAAUGAUCGAGCCUAAAGUGAAGGACGCGUGUAACGUGGUAAAUUUGCAAAAAGUAUCAGUCAUUAAAGUUCUCUACAAGUACGGAACGAACGAAAGUGUUUCCGAGUCUGUAAAUAAAUCGUACUGCGAAGUCGCGUUCUUAGUAAUACAGGCAGGGUUGGAACAUUUGUUAACAUCUACGAAACGAUUUCCACCACUUCACAGAAUCGCGUCUGACUUUUACAUUGGAUAUAUAUACUUGGACAAUCCUGAUACUUGAUCAGGUCUUCCUUGUCGUAAGGAUAUUGACGAUAAUGAAUUUCUAUACGUACAUUCUGUAAUCGAACACGAUGUAACUUGCGUCGAGAGCCUGCCAAUGAAGUAUAUGAAUAAAAUUUUAUUUUAUAAAAAAUGUA